GCCACCUACUAUCACGGUGGUCUAGAGGAAGAGACACGAAAAGUGUCAGGCGAAGACAAGAUGUCCGAUUUGUUUUCCACUUUUCAAUGCCAAAAUCGAUGGAAUCUUGCUAUCAGGAAUGCGAAAGAGGUGGCCGGGAUGGACAAUUGGGUAAUUGCAUAUUAUUUUAUAAAUAUGCAGGUUACUAUGUUCAACAGAAACUCAUUUACUACCAUCCCGAUAGCAAAAAACUCGCUCAUUUUCAGGCUAUGUAGAUAUCAGCUCUUAAAGACAUUGUUUUUUUGCGAAAACCAAACCGUUUGCCGCAAUCUAAAAAUUUCAAGUUUCCUUGAUGAAUUACCAACUAGCUACAGUCGUGAUUCGCCAAGUUGCUGCGACAUUUGCGGCUCCAACGCAAUAUAUGACGAAAUUGAUGUAAUCGAAUAUGUUCGUGAUAUAAGAAAUUCAAUUCGAUCUUCAGCUUCAUCAGCUUCAUCAUUAAAUACAUCGUGAAUGUCUUUCGCUCUGAAAACAAAGGAAGUUUUAUUCCGGCGGUAAUUGAAUUUGUAUAUCUGCUAGACAAAUUUAAUUAGUUGUAUUUUAUUAAUUUUUAGAAGAUUAAUG